AGCCUCAUGGGUUUGCGGUCUGUGUGCAGGGUCUAAGGACAGCUUUUUAGCUUCUGGGAGAGAAAAUCUGGAGCCAAACCACCAUCAUGGAUUAUGCUGAUGUCAGAAAAGAGACAUAUGGUUUUAAAGAUGAAAUCACAGCUGAUCUGCCUUCUUACUUCAUAGGAAGUAAUUUGUCAAAAGGACCAAGCGUGAGUCCCAGUGUGUGUAUUGGGUUUGCUAAUGUGGAUGUUGGUGCUGAGGGGUCCAGCUCCAUAAUCCCAUUUUAUAAUUUAAGACCCAGGGAUUCUGAAGAAGCCCAGGAGGAAGUACCUACUGUGACGUUCCAGUCGAAGUUCUUUGACUCUUUCCCGCUGUAUCAGGACUAUGUAUUGCCGAUUGUGAGAGAGAUGUGCAGACUCGAAGAUGUUGUGUCUGAACUCGUAAUACCGGAGCGCUUUAACGGCCUGACAGGGAAUUGCAGGUUUGAGCUUUGUGAGGUUGAGCUUUGUGAGUCAGAACCUAGCAAACCCGAAAGUUUGAAGAGCCCUCUGGAGAAGUUAGAAUUUCACUCCCUUCCUGAUCAAACGCCACCCCCACAGUCUCAGUCCCUAAAGGAGUCUCCCAGCCCAGCUUUGCAGCAGUCCCUUAAGAUAUUCCCCUACACUUAUUGGCAAGACCUGCCGGAAGUGAAGACGUCUGGCCUGCUCACCUACUUGACCCCAAAGGAAAUCUGUCUUCAGGAGUCCAUGUUUGAGCUGAUUGGCUCUGAAGCAUCCUACCUGAAGAGCCUUGGAAUAUUGGUUGAUCACUUUUAUACAUCAAAGGCUCUGAAGAAGACUUUAUCCGAAAUGGAGCAAAAGGUUUUGUUUUCCAACACUCCUGGUGUGAUGGGAGCCAGUGCAAGGUUUCUAAAGGACCUGGAAACGCGACUGGACGAGAACCCGUAUAUCUCUCAGGUUGGGGACAUAGUACUCAAACACAGCAAGGACUUUCGUCGACACUAUGUGCCAUAUGUGACCAACAUGGCGUACAAAGAGUUGCUCAUCAACCAACUUCUGGAGCGAAACCAGGGCUUUGCAUAUGCGCUGAAGAAGCUCGAAAGUGACUCUGUGUGUCACAGACACCCCCUCAAGUCCUUCCUGGUUCUUCCUUUCCAGAGAAUUACUCGCAUAAAACUUCUCCUGGAGAGCAUCCUGAAAUCAACCAACCCCGACACGGACUCUGCUUCGAACCUUAAAAAAGCAAUAAAUGCCAUCCAUGAGAUACUGAUGACUUGUGACGAUAACGUCACAAAAAUGAAGAAAAUCGAGGAACUCAUCUGCCUGGAGAUGAUGAUGGACUUUGGUGAAAUCAAGUCGGUUCCUCUAGUCAUAAGCACUCGUCGUCUGGUCCACCAAGGAUCCGUGAAGCUAGUGAAGGUGGAGAAUGCUUAUGGCUCAAGAAUGUCUUUCGUCAAGAUCUACCUCCACCUCUUCAAUGACCUUUUGAUCAUCUCCUCCAAAAAGAAUCAGAAGUUCAUGGUGUCUGAUCAUGCUCUCUUCCCUGCACACGUGUCCGUUGACCACCUGAAAGCUGACGUUAUGGGACUCCCCCAAGAGUCAUUCUUGUUGCGUCUGUCUCGGAGUCAAAAAGGAUUCCGAACUGCCAUGAUCCUUGUUGCAAACACACAGUCAGAUAAAGAAGAGUGGAUGAAGACUCUUUCAUGUGGGUGAUCGGUGAUGGAUUUGUACACUUUAUUUAUUUAUUUUUUUACUACACUUGAUUCUUUCACUUGCACAUUAAUUUUACAUCUUAAGUUCAUCACUUGGAGUUUUUAUUUCUUGACAAAGUUAAAGCACUUUAGCACAAUGUGUUCAAACACCCACCAGCUCUUCAGAGGAUCAAAUGUCUGGCAGAUUUUAAGCAACUUUUUUUAAAUAAAAGUUUUGACUAAUCGG